GGCUCGAGUAGCACCGUCGAGUUCGUGUCUCCGUCGUGGUAUUUUGUAUACGUGCGUCGUGGCGUUCGCGUAUCGGCCCGUGCCCCUGGCGUGCAGCUGCUGGAGGCUGCUGGCGGCGCUCGCCCGACAAUUUUCGUGAGAAAGGAAGAAGAGGAGCCCUGUCGCGACCGGUGGACGACACUCGCUCCGAGUAAACAGCGCUCUUGAGAAAGAGAGAGAGAGAGAGAGAGAGGAGGAAGCGCGGCGCUCGUGUCUCGCCCCCGCGAAGGAUAGUAAAAGGCGCACGGUUAGGAUUCUCCCAACGAUGCCGACGACCACCACGUCGUCCAGGAGGGACGACCGGCCGCGGACGGCCGCCGAGAUGGACGAGGAGAGUCGCGUGCGGUAUCGCGCCGCCAGCCUCAGGCGACGUCGCCGACGUCUGCGGCAGUCGUGCGGGGGGGGCGGGACGGCGGGGGGAGGCGGCACCGAGGCCGAGGAGGCGAAUCCGUCCGAGUGCAGCGCCCUGUCGUACGUGGUCGCGCGACAGAUCGACGACAGGCACGACUACUGCAGGCGUCUCGUCAACGCCAGAUUCGAGAAUUCCGAGAACCUCUACAGGAAGGACCUGCUCUCGCAUUACGGAUGCGUCAACGCGAUCGAGUUCUCGAACCAGGGCGACCUCCUCGUGUCCGGGGGCGAUGACAGAAGAGUUCUAUUAUGGAGAGUGGAGCAGGCGAUACAGGGUAUGGGCAAGCCCGUUGUAAUGAAGGCCCAACACGCCAGCAAUAUAUUUUGCCUCGGUUACGACAGCAGCAAGACCAAGAUAUUUUCUGCGGGGAACGACGAUCAAGUCAUAGUUCAUAAUUUGCAAACGAGCGACCCACUCAGUUACUUCCUACACGAGAAACCAGUCUACGGACUAUCCAUUCAUCCGCACAAUGAUGACGUCUUUGCUAGCGCCUGCGACGACGGGAGAGUCUUGAUUUACGAUAUACGUAGCAAUAGCACCACGGAGACUCUCUGUUUGGCGCAGUACAAAAGCGCCUUUCACUCUGUCAUGUUUAAUCCUGUGGAUUCCAGAAUGCUCGCUACUGCCAAUGCUAAGGAAGGUGUCAGUAUGUGGGAUGUACGAAAACCUUUGGAGCCUGUAUUGUCCUAUGGAAGUCCGCAGCAGAGCUGUAUGAACGUCAGGUUUAAUUCGGUUGGCAACCGAUUGCUGGCUUUACGAAGAAGACUACCACCAGUUCUUUACGCGGUCGAUUCUCCCACGUAUUUGUGCGAAUUCGAUCAUCCAGGGUAUUAUAAUAGUUGUACCAUGAAAUCGUGUUGUUUCGCUGGUGAGAACGACGAGUACGUUCUAUCAGGCUCGGACGAUUUUAACUUGUACAUGUGGAAAAUCCCCCCUAUGGACGGCAAACCGUGGGUAGAAUCCGCCCACAUGGUAUUGCGUGGUCAUAGAUCGAUCGUCAAUCAGGUCCGCUACAAUCAAGCGAGCUGCAUCUUCGCGUCGUCCGGCGUCGAGAAGAUCAUCAAGAUCUGGAGCCCCUUCCCGCUUGGAACCGGAUGUUUGGGAGGUUUAAAGAGAGACGCUGGCAAGCGCGAGAGACAACGCCGAGUGUUCACGCACGAUGAAUAUAUAGGGCUAGUUUUACGCAGCGGACAGUUCAUGACGCACGAUUAUAGCCACCAAUCGACUAAGGAGGACCCGCGAAUGAUGGCCUUCUUCGAUUCCCUUGUACAGCGAGAAAUUGAAGGGUGGAGCUCUGAGGACAUGCCAACGCCGCACACCCCCAGCGACUCCGAGAUCAACCCGGCAACAGGCGAGCCGUACAGCGCGACGGAUUUCGAGGAUACUACAGCAUCAGAAGGUGGUGUAGCUCCCGAACGGCCGUUCGAAGAAUCGCCGAAUCGCAUAACUCGGCUUAUCGCAAAUCGCAGGGAGAAACUCAUGCGAAUGGCCGCGUUGGAGCGGCCGUCUGCCUCGGAUUCCGGUAGCGAGGGGGACAAUGUUCACGCGAGACGUAGGUCCAAGUCGAAAUCGAAAUCAAAGGGCGUCAAGAGAAAACACUCGAAAUUAUUCACCGACAGAAGAAGAAUAUCCGCCAGGAGAAAGUGUACUGUGUUAAAGGUCAAUAGUGAUUCGGAUAGUGACGACGAGCGACCGGUCGACGCCGCUCAACCUAGCACCAGUUCCGGCGUCAUCUCCCGAAGAUCGCGAUACGUCGCCAACGCGAUUGAGAAAGAUGACAAACGCUCCAAUUACAGCAGCAGCAGCAGCAACAGCAGCAACAACAACAGCAGCAACAGCAACAGCAGCAGUUCCGAGGACAAUAACGCUCUCGGAACGAAGCGAAAACACUCGAAGACCGACUCGGACGCGUCCACGAAGGCGCAAAGGCGCAAGCAUCGCAAGUGCAAGAACAGCUCUCGUCAUGAGAACUGUUCCGGUAAGACCCAAUGCAAACGGCAGAAGCUCGACGACGAGUCGGAGACGGAGAGGACCGCUUCCGGCUCCAAGAAUCAUCCCAAUCGGGUGAACGGUAGCGCCGGGAAGGACGGGCCGUCGACGCCGAAUCACAAAUCGCCUCAAGUUCCUUGCACCCCCGACAGCGGCAUUAAAUCAGGCGUUUCGACCACGGGGGGCAAGAACAGCGAGCAAACGCGUACCACUGAGGAAAACGAUGAGGGUGCGGACGAUACGGGUUCCGAUCACGAGCAAAAACUGAAAACUCUAGAGUGUUUCCGAAAGAAGGUGGAGGAACUGACGAGGAGAAGCUACCGUAAUCGGUCCCACCAGCCCCAAACGGUAGCCACGACCACGAGCGAUUCUUCCGAUUAAACCGCUCUCGUUUUCGCUCCUCCUUCCCUCCCCCUCUCCCCCCUCCUCUUUCUCCAUUUGUACAUAAUAUAAUCUGUGAUUCCUUGAAGUAUAUUUUUAUAACACUAAGUUGAUCGCACGCGAAUACGCGAUCAAUUCCCUUUUUUUUUUUUUUUUGAUUUGAUUCCGAAUCCCCUCUAUCGUCCGUAUCUUUUAAUCCCAUCCGCGUCGUGAAUGCACGAUAAUUCCUCGUCUCAUGAUCGGAGGAGACGUUUGGCUUCGCAACAUUUUUACGAUGAUGAAUCAAGUUUUGCGCUUUACACGAUUGUCCUAAAGUGGCCGAUUACGCAGGCCUGCGUAAAUUGGAGCUUUCGUGAAGUUAGGAAAAGCAGAAUAGGAUAAGAAUACGAUUUGUUUUCCCCGUAAUAAAUUCGUGAAAUUGGCCGAAAUAGCGAUAUUUGAGCUGUUCACUUAGAAAUUACCUCGAAAACCUAACGUGCCUACUCUGCUUCUUGUAAUUGAACCUCGCGGGGCCUGUGUUAUUUUUAGCUUGGGAACUGAUAAUCGCCCUCUGGUAUUCUCUCAUUCCUAGAUGAUUUUGUCCUCGAGAGACGCCGGAGAAUUUUCGCAAGAUAAACAAUUUUAUACGGAAUAUCUAAAAACUUUUCGCAGUCCCGAAGUGUGAAGGUAAAUCGGCUCGAAUUAAGAAGAAAAGUCCUCUACCGUUUUGCGAUAUUCGGAAUAAUUAACGAGAAAUUAAUUAAAGAAGAUCGGCCAAUGCGCGUGGCUAGAAGCGGCGGCGAAGGCGGUCUCACUGUAAAGACGGCGCCGCGCACUUUAAUUAAUUUCUCAUUAAUUAUUGCGAAUAUCGCAAAACGAUAGAGGACUUUCCUUCUUAAUUCGAGCCAAUCUACCUUCACACUUCGGGUCUGCAAAAAGUUUUCAGACACCCUGUAAAUUCUAAACUAUCCUACUCUAUUCGAUGUCAGAUGGCAUGAGACGAGGAAAUACUGUAUUUUCCCCUCCAAAUUUUCAUUAACAAUACGUCUUAAAUACUAUCGAUUAUUUGCGAUGAUGCGUUCCGACGUGUUCACGAAUCAAGUCACUGGUAGGCAAACGAAAUUACACCGUUUGAUACCGCUCCCCGUAUCUCUCCUCUCGCGUAAUGCCAUCGCGACUUGAUCCAAGUAUCUAGAAACCGGUCGCCGAUUAUUGCGUGAAACAUUUUUCGCGGAUCUGGCGACGUAAUAAAUUGCAUGUAAUCAAGGCAGAACUAUAGAUGCGAAUUAACACACACACACACACACACACAUCCGCAUUAGCUUUAAGAGCAUCUUGCGAUGACUUGGCUGAUGAUAUAUUGUACUGUUGACAUGGUUUGUGCGAUGGAAAGUAAUUAAAAAAAAAA